CACAAGUCAGCAAAUAUACUGGAGGGUAUAAACAGGAGCUGCAGCAGGAUCCAGGUGUUAACACUGUGUAACAUGGCUUUCAUGAAGUGCACACUCAGUUUAUUGAUCCUCCUCGGCGCCUCUGUCCUCUGCUGGGCUGAUGAGAAGGAUCUGUCUGUCGCUGAGCUCCUGUGGAGGGCCAACAAGGAUGUAGUGCAUACAGCAGAGGAGCCCUUUAUCAUUGAUGACAUUGCUUAUGAAAAUGAGAAUCAAAGAAAUGCUGAUCCUUGCACCUCCUCUGGCUGCAUGUGGGGAAAAUCCAGCGAUGGAAACGUCUAUGUCCCCUACAUCAUCGCCUCUCAUUACUCUUCUCGUGAGCGUUCCAUCAUUGAGCGAGGUUUGCUGUCAUUCCAAGACGUCUCCUGCAUUCGCUUCGUCCCAAGAACCAACCAGAGAGACUACCUGAACAUCCAGUCCAUCAAUGGCUGUUACUCCUAUGUCGGUCGCCUUGGUUAUGGCCAGGAAGUGUCUCUGGACCGUGAGGGUUGUCUCUACCAUAACACCGUCCAGCACGAGCUGCUCCAUGCCCUCGGUUUCAACCAUGAGCAGUGUCGCUCCGACAGGGACCAGCACAUCCGAAUCCUGUGGGAGAACAUCGCAUCCGGUUGGGAGUAUGCCUUUGACAAGAUCAACACUUUGAACCAGAACACCCCCUAUGACUACAACUCAGUCAUGCAGUACCACAGGUAUGCCUUCUCUGGCAACAACAAGCCCACCAUGGAGCCCAUUCCCAAUCCCAAUGUCGAAUUUGGCACGGGCACUGAGAUGAGCCAGAAUGACAUCACCAGACUGAACAGGCUGUACAAGUGUUAAACAGUGCUAAUAGCAGUCCUGGAAAUGUGGUGCCGUUCAGACAUCAGAACAGUUGUUUCCAAGACUGUUUUGUCACUCUUUUGUACAAUUUUACACAUUGCAUUAAAAAUAAAUCUUCAUCAACCCGUU